CGCCCCGCUCCCCCCCCUCACCCCGCCGGGAGCCGAGCGUCUCCUGUCCCCGGAUCCCUCGCGGGGCAUCACGGGCUUCUCACCACGGCCGCUCUCGGUGAGGGAACUCUGGCCUCCGCUUCCUCCUCCUCCGACUCGGACACCGGCGGAGCGUCGCCGCCCCCGCGGAAGAAGCGCCGAGCCUCGGCGGCGGAGGGAGCAGGAGAGCCCGAGGCUUCAGCAGUAGCAGCAGGCCCGGCGGGCCGUUCCGCUCCGACUCCCCCGCACUCCCACCCCGCUCACCUCAGCCGCAGCGCCGGCACCAGCAUGCAGUCCAACGGCGCCGAACAGGGACCGGACUCCGGGCUCAGCUGCCAGAACAGCACCGCACAGAACCUGGAGAACGGAGAGAGCUCCAGCGGCAGGCCCGACACCGCGCACUCCAACGGGCUCCUCUCCGGAUCCGGCCCCGGCAGCAACACGGCCCAACCCGGGACCUGCGCCCUCCUGUCGCCCGGUUCUGGUUCCGCUUCCUUAAAGAAGCUGAAGCGCCUUUCGCAGUCUGAAGAGGAUGUGAUCCGACUCAUAGGGCAACAUCUGCACGGGCUGGGGCUCAGUCAGACAGUGGAUCUGUUGAUGCAGGAGUCGGGCUGUAGACUGGAACACCCCGCUGCUACCAAGUUCAGAAACCACAUCAUGGAGGGAGAGUGGGACAAGGCAGAAAAUGACCUCAGCGAGCUCAAAGGCCUGAUGCAUUCACCAAACGCUAUUGUGAGGAUGAAGUUUCUCCUCCUGCAGCAGAAGUAUCUGGAGUAUUUGGAGGAUGGGAAAGUUCUGGAAGCGUUACAGGUGUUGAGAGGAGAGCUGACGCCACUCAAAUACAACACGGACCGAAUCCACGUCCUCAGCGGGUAUCUGAUGUGCAGCCACGCCGAGGACCUGAGGGCCAAAGCCGAGUGGGAGGGGAAAGGAGUGAGCUCGCGCUCCAAACUGCUCGAUAAACUACAGACGUAUCUCCCCCCCUCGGUGAUGCUGCCCCCCCGGAGGUUACACACACUCCUGCGUCAGGCCGUGGAGUUACAGAGAGACCGCUGCCUUUAUCACAACACCAAGACGGACAACAACCUCGACUCUGUUUCACUACUGCUGGACCACGUGUGCAGCAGGAAGCAGUUCCCCUGUUACACUCAGCAGAUUCUGACCGAACACUGUAACGAGGUUUGGUUCUGCAAGUUCUCCAACGACGGCACCAAACUGGCCACCGGAUCCAAAGACACCACCGUGAUCGUGUGGCAGGUGGACCCGGACACGCACCAGCUGAAGUUGUGGAGGACGUUGGAAGGUCACGCGUACGGUGUGUCUUACCUGGCCUGGAGUCCUGAUGACGUGUACCUCAUCGCCUGCGGCCCAGACGACUGCUCGGAACUGUGGCUCUGGAACGUACAGACAGGUGAACUGCGGACUAAAAUGAGCCAGUCUCACGAGGACAGUCUGACCAGCGUCGCCUGGAACCCCGACGGCAAGCGCUUCGUUACGGGAGGACAGCGGGGGCAGUUCUACCAAUGCGAUCUGGACGGGAACCUGGUGGACUCGUGGGAAGGCGUGCGCGUUCAGUGUUUAUGGUGUGUGAGCGACGGCCGAACAGUUCUGGCCUCCGAUACACACCAACGCAUCCGCGCCUACAACUUCGAGGACCUGACUGACAGAAACAUAGUUCAGGAGGAUCAUCCGAUCAUGUCCUUCACCGUUUCUAAGAACGGACGAUUAGCUUUGUUAAAUGUAGCAACUCAGGGAGUUCAUCUCUGGGACCUACAGGACCGUGUGUUGGUGAGGAAGUAUCAGGGAGUGACGCAGGGCUUCUACACCAUCCACUCCUGCUUCGGUGGCCAUAACGAGGACUUCAUCGCCAGCGGCAGUGAAGAUCAUAAGGUGUAUAUUUGGCACAAGCGUAGCGAGCUGCCUAUAGCCGAGCUCACAGGACACACUCGCACUGUGAACUGCGUUAGCUGGAACCCGUGUGUCCCGAGUCUGAUGGCCAGCGCUUCGGAUGAUGGCACGGUUCGAGUGUGGGGCCCCGCCCCCUUCCUCCCAGCACAGGAAGUGGACGCUUUCAACGAGAACUGCAGUAACAUGUACAGUUGAUGAAGUCCAUUUCAGAGAAACAAUCAAAAAUAUCUACAGAAUCGAUUCCACGUCAACAAACGAACAAAAGCAGAACAGACAAUACAGAGCAUCAACCUGUGUGUGUGUGUGUGUGUGUGUGUGUGUGUGUGUGUGUGUGUGUGUGUGUGUGUGUGUGAGAGUAAGUGUUCGGGAGCUCAAAAUCGUCACGGCGACUGAAGCUGUCAACCCAACAAACGUUUUCCUAAUGAUCAGAGAGAUGGAGGGAUGAGGGGGUAAAAACUAGCCUCGCUUUCUCGUCACAUGUUCAUCACACAAUAAGAUUCUUUCGUUCUUUUUAAACUCUUUAUUUAAAAACAUUACUAACCAUAGCAGGUUAAACCUCAACCUCUCAUCCAUCCAUCCAUCCAUCCAUCUUUUCUUUCCCUGAUUCCCUCAGCUCUGAGUGACAGGGUCAGGGGUCAAAGGUUACUAGUUGGUGGUUGCAGGUUUGGUGUGUGUGUGUGUGUGUGUGUGUGUAGGAGGAAUAGUUUUAAUCUGAUUCAGAGCCCCACUGAGACCUUCAUCUGUGGAACAACAACAAAGAUGCCGUUUUUGUAAUGUUAUUGUUUUAAAAAAAACACAAAAAUGAGGGCUGAUUAUUAUUUUUUUGUUUCCCCUUAGAUUAAAAAUGCGUAAUUUAAAAGAAGUGUAGCUGUGAAGAGGGGGUGGAAGUGCAGAAUAAUAUCCACAUCUACCGUGACCCUUCAACCGUUGGCGGUGGGCGUGGUCAUCUGCGAUAUCACAGAGCAUCCGUCGAGGAUCCCGUUCAUGUUUGGAUAUACUAAAGCACUUCUCAAUGUAACGCUCGCCAGCUAACGGUACCUUCCUGCUACGUUAGUAAUUAGCUCGGGUUAGCACGCACACAGCUACCCGGUUUUUAAUCUUUAACACUUCUUCAGCCAAUCAGAAAUUGCUGUGCCCUCGUGAGGGGGCGGGACCACCACAGUCAUCACACUGGCUUCUGAUUGGACCCAGUUAUUAAGAACUUCCUGUACAUUGCACAAGUCUGUGCAUUCUGCACUGAUGUCCCGGGAGCCCCUUCUCAUAUGAUCUAUGCAGCAAAACUCCACCCACAAAUUUUAAAUUUGUCAGAUUGCUCCGCCCCACCCUGCCCCGCCUCUUGAAUCUCCUAUGAUCCGUUCCUGGAACUCUUCCUCACUAUGCAGUAAAGCUCCGCCCCAGGAAUUCAGUCACGCCUGUUUCGAUUUGCGCAAGUCUGCUAAGCCCCACCCCCACCCCCAGACCUGUUUUAUAAACUCAGUAAACCUUUUAAAGGCUGAAAAAAACCCUCCAAAGCCACGUCCGUUUAAUUACACAUUGAACUAAAGGUAUUUCUUAUUUAUGACCUAUGCAACAGAGCCCCACCCCAAUUUUAUAGAAGGCUCCGCCCUCUCUUCACUAAUUCUAGUGGUUCAUACAGUUGCCCCGCCCCUUUUGUUUGUGUUCCUGUUUGAGGAAUGGUUCCUCAUUUAUGACCUAUGCAGCAAAGCCCCACCCCAAAAAAAAAAAGGCGUUUCAUGGAAAAGCCCCGCCCCUUUUUGAGUUCCAGUGUUGGGGCAGUGUAAAGGGGACUUAGUCAUUUUGCACUACACAUCCCAUCAUCGUAUUUCUGCCAUAAACGCUGGCUUUGGUGAAAUCUGCCGACAUGCUGGAAACUUCGAACAUCGGAAAAGUGUUAAUUCGUGUGAAUUUUCACGCUGUCGGCUCGCUGUGUUUACCUUUAGGUACAUAAAGACAUUUUUCAGGCAGUAAAGUUGUUUUUUUUUUUUUUUUUUUUUGAGUUUAGAGCUUUCAAUUCCCCUUUGUUUUGGAAAGAAACGAUAUUUACUAUGGACUGAUAGUAAUGACCUUUCUGUUUUUUAUUACAUUUUUUUGUUACUGUUUUUGGGGGGUUAUAUAUAUUUUUCUUUUGUUUGCUUUUUGGUUGAUCCUUUAUCCCUGUAUUAUCAUAUUAAACUAUAACCAGCCAAAUUGUCUCCUCGUUAUUAAUUUUAUGAUUUAACAUUAACAUUUUUUUUUUUUACUUUUUCGUUUUGUUGCAUUCAUACUUUUUUAUUUUAGUUUUCAUUUUAAUUAACCUUACUUGACAACUUCUAAGUGCACUAUGGAGUGAGCAGAGCUGAGAUGCUCUGAGGCAAUAUGUUCGGUCUGGAUGUGAUAUUUUUCUUCCUGUAUGUGCCAUUUAAAGAAAUAAAACACAGAGGUUUUGUACUUGAA